AUGAGGUGUCGGCUGCUUCUUAUAGCUCAAAGGGAAAAGGAUGCUUGUAGCAAUUCUAUAUUUAUUUGGAUAUUUCAAAAACUUGUCGAAUUAACAAUGGAUCAAUCAAGAGGGAAUAAUUCUGAUGACCUAAAGGCUCUCUACAGUUGUCCCGCUGAAGAAUUGGAAGGAACUGAUAUAACAGCUUUAUAUCUAAACACGAAACAAUUUCUGCAUGCUUAUUCGUCGGGGACUGUUCAGGCUUGUAGGCACGACCUAGUCGAAGGAACCGUAAUACCUGAGAGUGCGUUCCGUCAUACUGCGAUCUUGCUCAAGUCGGCAUAUUCUAAUGACGUAUCGAACACGAAAAUUUUCACGUCUCCCCGCGGGCCGUCUGGUAUUACCACAAUGCAUAGAGAUGGGACCGAAUUUAGUGUUGAUAUACAGACGCGAGUAGUCGAAUAUGCUGACGAGCCGUUGCGUGCAUUAUGGAUAACCUACGACAGAAGCCUGGCCGAUUCAAAGAAAGAUGACGAGACAAAGACCGAAGAAGCAAUGCAGACAGAGGAAACUCUGGACGAUGAGCAGAGCAAUAGCGAUGAUGAAGAAACGUUCUCAAUGUCGAAAUUCCUGGCCGAGCUGGUAGAAGACCUCCAACGCAGGUGCUUGGGAGAAUGUGCUUAUGGAAUUGUCAAGUUGGCAUACAAUACGAAAGAUCCAGAAAAGAAACUAGUGGUAUUAGAGUUUGUCUUCAAGUCAAGGAUUCUUGUCGACAGUUGGAUACCUCAUGUAGAAACAACGUAUUGGUUACGAGGUCAAAUUGGGGGAUCGGUUAUUUGGCUGACCCCUGUAGGAUAUUCGCAUUCACAAAACGAACUGUCUACUACAAUGGAAGGCGUCCUCGAGUCUGCAUCUUUUACAAAAACAUUGACAACAUCUCUUUACCUUUUAUUGAAUCUGGAAAGUGCGGGUGGACAUCGGUAUGAGAUAUUCGUGACGACAUACGAGACGGAUUUGAGCGAUGGUCCAGGCAUGUUAUAUUUUCUAUCAGUUGUCCAACUACUUUCUGAAAUGCAGGCCGUAGAAUCUCAAUGA